AUGGAACGAGCAGAUUAUACACCAGACAGUGCAGAUAUCGAAAAGCAACGACGACACGACGAUGAACCGGUUCUCGAGGUCCGGGGGGGGAUCUUGACCGAGAGAGAUCAAGACCUGGAAUCUGAAUCGGGUCUGGAGUCGGAUUUCGACCUUCAAAGUCUGGAUAGAGACGAUGUUCUCUCUGCUCGGCGCACUCGCUCCAACAUCGAAAAACCACAGAGUUUGUCAGCACAAAAUCAUGGAUCGCAACCUGAUCCUACUUUAGUUACGUGGAAUGGACCCGAUGAUCCCGAGAACCCGAAGAACUGGCCGAUGGGGAAGAAAUGGUCUGCCGUCAUCAUCGUCUCGUGCUUUACUUUCAUCUCUCCAGUCUCAUCAUCCAUGAUUGCACCGGCUUUGACAACCAUUGCUGAAGCAUUCCAUAUAACCAAUGAAGUCGAAUCGCAGUUGACCUUGUCCAUUUUCGUUCUGGCGUACGCGAUCGGGCCCCUCUUCCUCGGCCCCAUGUCUGAAAUCUAUGGCCGUGUGAUAGUCUUGCAACUUGCAAACUUGUGGUUUCUAGUUUUCAAUACCGCCUGCGGUGCAGCAAACACCAAAGGGCAAAUGAUCGCCUUUCGAUUUCUAGCUGGACUAGGUGGCAGUGCUCCACUUGCUAUCGGUGGCGGUGUCCUCGGCGACUGUUUCAAACCGGAGCAGCGUGGGAAGUCUGUCGCCGUCUACUCCCUUGCUCCAUUGCUUGGCCCUGCCGUCGGUCCUAUCGUCGGCGGGUUCAUCACCCAAAAUACCUCGUGGUCUUGGGUCUUCUACUCCGUCUCAAUUGCCGACGCAGUCAUCCAGAUUGCGGGUUUGGUUUUCCUUCGCGAGACUUACGCUCCAAAACUGCUUUUGGACCGCGCGAAGAGGCUCCGCAAGGAGACGGGCGAUCCCUCCUACCAGACCGAAUUUGAGCGCCUGAACAGGAAAUUCGGAGAAGUCAUACGGACUGCCCUGGUGCGUCCGUUUCGGAUGCUCUUCACGCAACCCAUUGUCCAAGUCCUGGCCCUUUACAUGGCCUACACCUAUGGGAUCAUGUAUCUAGUGCUCUCGGUCUUCCCGCAGCUGUGGACUUCUCCGAAGCACUACAACGAGUCUAUCGGUAUCGGUGGUCUCAAUUACAUCUCUCUGGGGGCAGGCUUUUGGCUCGCUAGCCAGAUUGCUGCUCCCUUGAAUGACCGGAUCUACCGCAACUUGAAGAAGAAGAACAACGAUGUUGGCAGGCCAGAGUUCCGCGUGCCCUUGUUAUAUGCCGGUUGCUUCUUUACUCCCGUGGGAAUCUUCAUCUACGGAUGGACGGCACAGACGAACCAGCACUGGAUUGCCCCCAACAUCGGUGCUUGUAUCUUUGCCAUGGGGACGAUUAUAACAUUCCAAUGUAUCCAGACAUACCUGGUCGAUGCAUAUACUCGAUUUGCCGCGAGUGCACUAGCAGCCAGCGGCAUGACAAGAUCUCUCGCUGGCUUCGGGUUCCCUCUCUUUGCUCCUUACAUGUAUCAAGCCCUGGAUUACGGAUGGGGGAGUAGCUUGCUAGCGUUCUUAUGUAUUGCUAUCGGUGUGCCGGCGCCAAUAUUUCUUUGGUACCAUGGCGAGCGCUUGAGGAAGGUCAGUACAUUUGCUGCUGGCUAA